AUGUACGGCGACCGCAGUGCCCAGCAGGCGAUCCACGGAUGCGCCUCCGACGCAAUACAAAAGAUCCUCGCCACAAAGCGCACCGCCGAGCUGGCUGACCCUGCCAACCCACGAGACCCCGCCAAUGCGUUCUUCCGCUUCGAGGGCACCCUCCUACGGAUGGCUUUCCACGACGCCGGUACCUGGGACUGCGACAGCGGGCGGGGCGGUGCCAACGGGAGCCUGAGAUUCCCGGAGGAGGUAGACCAGCCAGCGAACGCGGGCAUGAGGGACGGCGUGCUGGCGCUGGUGGAGGAGUGGGAGGCGCUCAAGGCGGCGGGCUGCGGCGUCACCUUCGCCGAUCUGAUCCAGAUAGCGGGUGCUGAGGCUUGUUUCUUCACUGGUCUACCGCGCUUCACUGUGCCGAUUGGGAGGCGCGACGCCACUGGGCCGGAUCUCAGCACGACGCACGCGUUGCCUGGAACGAGCACGAACAUCGAGGACUUGAAAAGGAUUUUCAGGGCCAAUGGAUACAGUUUAAAGGUGACAAUGAACCUCCAUGACUUGGUGGCUCUCAGCGGCGCCCACAGCAUAGGCGUCUCCCGAACGCACCCAAAAUUGGGCCCAAUGGACGGCACCCCGGAUAACUUCGACAACGUCUACUAUCGCGAGCUUGUCAAGGAUGGCUGCAUGAAGAACGUGAACGGGAACAACUUCUGUUCCGAUUCUGCCCUCCUUGAUCACGUGGACACAGCGGCAUUGGUGGUGUCCUACAGGCUUUCUAACGGGCUUUGGUACAGGGAUUUUACCAACAGCUACAUCAAGAUGGGGAAGAUGGGGGUCAAUGGGGAAGGCACUAUGGGACCGUUGUAG